CAAGUGGCCGGUUGUAUGGGUCGUGUAUCACUCGCUCGGUGCCAUAGUUACUGUUAGCAGCCACACGCUGUGUGUGUGUGUGUGUACACGGAUUUGCACAAUGAAAGAAGCUUAAUUUUUAUCCAUUUUAAAAAAAUAUAAAUAUAUAUAUAUAUAUCUCGGGUUUGUGGAUUUUUAAGGAGCAGCGCCGCUGCAGCGUGCCAACGCCUUGCAGGUAGUGAGGAAACACUGCUGAGACAUGUCUGAAGGACUACACACACAUUCUGCAGAAUGAUAAACAUGCUAUGACUCUGAGACGAUGGCCAGCGAACCCCUCGAAGGUUUCCACGAGGUGAACCUGGCAUCACCCACCACGCCGGACCUGCAUGGUGUCCAUGAGCAGCACACGCCGAAGCCCAGCGCCCCACCCAGCACCCUGUACCGCACACACUCCUUGAGCUCCAACCCCUGCCCUCCUAACACUCUCUAUGUUGACCAGUUACCCACCCAGCCGGUUUACCCCGCUCCCAGAGAACUGGACAACGAUGAGCCACACAACGGCAGCAUGCCUGGACUGGACGGCUCAGCCUCGCAGGAGGCGGGACUAGGUGAUGCGUUGGCUGAUGAUGGCGAGGACCCCAUGGGCUUGAGCACUGACAGCCUAUCACGACUCAGAAGCCCUUCUGUGAUGGAAGUCAGAGAAAAGGGAUAUGAGAGGCUGAGGGAGGAGCUGACCAAAGCCCAGCGGGAGCUUAAGUUAAAAGACGAGGAGUGUGAGAGACUUUCUAAAGUCAGGGACCAGCUGGGGCAGGAGCUGGAGGAACUCACUGCUAGCCUGUUUGAGGAAGCUCAUAAGAUGGUGCGUGAAGCGAACGUAAAGCAGGCCAACGCAGAGAAGCAGCUGAAGGAAGCACUGGGGAAGAUCGAUGUCCUCCAGGCCGAGGUGGCUGCACUGAAGACUCUCGUUCUGUCCACGUCUCCUACAUCACCGUGUAAGGAGCUGCCGUCAGGCUCCAAGGUUCCAUUUAAGAAAGGUCACGUGCGCAAUAAGAGCACCAGUAGCGCUAUGCUGGGCAGCCAGCAGGAGCUCAGCGUUCCCCAGCCCAUCGUACGUGACUGCAAGGAGGUGGAUUCCAUUCUGUUCAGUGAGUUUAAGGUGUGGAAGGAGGAACCCACACUGGAGAGGAGUUGCUGUUUCUUGGAACGAAUCUACAGAGAGGACAUUUACCCGUGUCUCACAUUCUGCAAGAGUGAGCUGGGCUCAGCGAUCCUGGAGGCUGUGGAGAGAAACACACUGAGUGUGGAGCCGGUGGGAUUCCAGCCGCUGCCUGUAGUGAAAGCCUCAGCCGUGGAGUGUGGAGGACCCAAUGGCAGGAUGUCUGAAAUAGUCACAAAGUGCGCUCUCAGCGGCCAGACUAAAACCUGCAAGCACAGAAUCAAAUUUGGGGACUCCAGCAACUACUAUUACGUUUCUCCAUUCUGUCGGUAUCGGAUCACCUCCGUCUGCAACUUCUUCACCUACAUUCGCUACAUCCACCAAGGACUGGUCAAGCAGCAGGAUGCUGAACAGAUGUUCUGGGAGGUCAUGCAGCUGCGUAAGGAGAUGUCCUAUGCUAAACUGGGCUACUUCAGAGAUGAACUGUGAACACUGAGCAAGGAGACCGUGUGUGAAAGAAACAUGCUCAGUGCAGGAGAGGGGGGUUCUGCAGUUCACCAAGACACAUCACAGGGACCAGGUCUUUCCUCACACCUCAACACUCCAGCACUGUGUGUGUGUGUGUGUGAGACUAGCCAUCUAUGUUUUCAUGCCCUUUCCUGUUUAAAGUCCAACACAAGCUGCUGAAGUUCUGAUUACUUGAGUCCAGUUUGUGUAUUGAUCAUUACAUGAAGGAGAAUCAAAGAAAUCUAUGCUGGGUUUGGAUUUCCAUUCUGUACCUUAGACAAGAACGCCUUCGAGCCCAUACACUCAACUCCACUUCAACUUUCAGUUCACUUGAAAUUUAGCUAGCGCUGUGUUGCUGUGCUGUUAUGUGUGUGUGGAAUGUGCUGUACAUCUGUUUUUCUUGGAACUGUCUCAUCAGUCGUUUGUGCAUUUUCUUCCAAAUCUCAUCACUCUUUCCCCAUUUUGAGUUUUAGUGCCUUUCUGGAACAACGAAUAAAAUUGUAUACCUCCA